UGCCAAUUUCCAUCAUCUCUACAACUCGAUCUAAAGCCACAAAAACCAUCUCCAAAAAAAAUAAAAAAAAAUUAAAAUGGCUAAUACUAGUCACUACUCAGUGAUGGCUCUCAUUCUCAUCUUCCACAUUUUCAUCACUAUGGCUAUAGCCGGGCGUGACAUCCCAAACGCAAACGACGUGAACAAGCCCGACGACGACAUCAAGAAACCUGACUCGCUCUUCUACCAUGAUCGUGGGUACCUAAUUCCGGGUGUGGGAAGAGGUAUUAAACCAAACUGCAAAGACAAGUUACAUCCGUUUACGUUCAGUCCUAUCACUGGUAGACAUGAUGGUGGAAUCGCGGGUGCCAUUGGUAAUGUGCCAAGGUAUGGUGGGGCUGGUGGUGGUAGAAGCUACAUUCCCGGUGGUGAUGACACAUUUGUUCCAAACCCUGGUUUUGAGGUCCCAAAUCCAGCAAGUGGUGGCUCGGCUCCUGGCCCGGUUCAAGGGUGAUGAGAUCCAAGGGCGUGUAUGUUGUACGUAAGUUUUGAUUUCGAUCUAAUAAGGAAUGAUCAGUAUAUGCAUGCAUGGUAGUAAUGUUAAUUAAGUUGUUUGUUUUGUUUUCUAGUUCAAGUUUAUUUGUUUCAAGAUUUAAUUUGUUAUGCAUCAUGCAUUGUUGUUGUAAGAUCAUUUGGGAAUAAUUAGUUUAAUUUUUCGCGUUGCUAUUUA